AUGGGAGGAGCAAAGCGUGACCAGAAUGGCGGACCACACGAGAGUACCCCUCUGAUCGGAGGAGAGAACCCCAAUGGCCAGCAGAGCUACGAGCACAGCGCUCCCCGGGAUUUCUUCUUCAACACCCGAUAUACACCCGGCCAGGACAGCUCGAAUACCGCAGUCAAGGCAUUGGCCAACAUCUGGCAUGUCACAAAGGCUUCUUUGCUUAGCAACUAUGUCAAUGUGCUGCUGGUGUUUGUGCCCGUUGGCAUCGUCGCAGGCAUCACCAAGUGGGAUCCCGUAGUUGUUUUUGUCAUCAACUUCCUUGCCAUCAUUCCGCUUGCUGCGGUCUUAUCUUUCGCAACUGAGGAGAUCUCGGUAAACCUGGGCGAGUCUUUGGGAGGCUUGUUGAACGCCACGUUUGGAAAUGCUGUCGAGCUUAUUGUCAGCAUUAUUGCGCUUCGAGAAGGUCAGUACGAAGUUGUCAAGUCUUCCAUGAUCGGCUCCAUUCUGUCCAAUCUUCUGCUCGUCAUGGGCAUGUGCUUUGUCUUUGGCGGCAUUGCGAACAUGAGAGAUAGUGAGGGCAACGGCCAGGAACAGAGUUUCGCAUCGAUCACCGCACAGACGACUUGCUCUUUGAUGACACUGGCUGCGGCUUCUAUGAUUAUCCCUGGCGCUUUGUCUAUCGUCCUCAAGCAGACGUUAGACGAUGCAGAACUACGGGAUGCCACAAUUUUGAACCUGUCUCGGGGAACAGCCAUACUUUUAUUGCUCCUGUACAUCCUGUACCUCUGGUUCCAACUCCGGACCCACCACAACCUGUUUGGCGCCGAGGCCGCUGCCGCUACAGCCGAGAGCCAGCCUGCCGGUCAGCCGGUCGCUGUGCCUUCUCAAGCCAACGAGGAAGACGACGAAACUCACAUGAACCCAUGGGCAGCUGGAGGAGUCUUGAUUGUCACGACCAUUCUCGUCUCAAUUUGCGCCGACUACUUGGUCGACAGCAUCGAUUCGUUGGUGGAUCGCGCCGGUCUGAGCCGCAACUUCAUUGGUCUUAUCCUCAUCCCGAUUGUCGGAAAUGCUGCCGAGCACGUCACAGCCGUGGUUGUGGCCAUCAAGAACAAGAUGGACCUGGCUAUGGGGGUUGCCAUUGGCUCUAGUAUUCAAAUCUCACUGUUUGUUACGCCAUUCUUGGUCAUUCUGGGGUGGAUGAUGGACCGCCCGAUGAACCUGCACUUUGAGACGUUCGAGACGGUGGCUUUUGCUCUCUCCGUUUUGGUCGUCACAUACACUGUGCAGGAUGGUAAAUCAAACUACCUCGAAGGUGCCAUGUUGAUGGCUCUUUACAUCAUCAUUGCUGUAGCUUUCUUCGUUACUCCUAGCGGUGCCCUGGACGAGAAUGCGCUCGGCUUCUAA